UUUGAAGUCCGACGCUCUUCCUUUUCGCUCAGUGCUAUGGCGGACAUUGGACUUUUCUCCGCUGGCCACAACACAUGCUGUCAGCCGAGUGCUCCACCAAGGCGGCGUGAAUCUGUCCGACUCCAUCAGCCCUGUUAGUGCGGUGCGGCAUCCACCACUUGUUCCGUAACAGAUGAGUGGCCGCGCUAAAAACGCCACGAUUCGGGGUCGUGGGUGUAAGUUGCGCCGACGACAGUAUUGCGUGAAAGGCUUGCAUGCUUCAAAGGAAGAUAAAUAGGACGGCAUUGCUCUACUUUUGAGAGAAAAUCGUAUACCAGACAGCAUAUCAUAUCCAGUAUCACCUCUACUGCCGCGUCAUGUCCCUCACCAUCCUCAUCAUCGGCGCCUCCCUUGGCUGUGGCCACUCUGCGCUCGUGACGGCUUUGCAGGAUGGACACACCUGCAUCGCCCUACUGCGCUAUCCCUCCAAGGUCGACGACCUCUCGAAACGGUACCCCAGUACCCUCAUUGUCCGCGAGGGCAACGCCCACAACCUCGAGGACGUAAAGGGAGCCCUCGUCCACCAAGGCCGCCUCGUCGACCGCGUCAGUACCUCCAUCGGUCUACGACCCACGGGCAUGUCUCUUAGGCUGGCCGACCCCGAAGUCUGCGCCAAGGGCAUGCGGACGCUCAUCGCUGCGCUCAAGGAAGUCAGAACACAGGGCAUCCAGGGCCGCCCCCUCAUCUGCGCACUCAGCACCACGGGUAUCUCCAGGUCGGGUGUCCGCGACUAUCCCGUUCUUCUGUAUCCUCUGUAUCACUGGGGCUUGGCCGAGGCGCACGCUGAUAAGCGGAACAUGGAGCAGACGCUGGCCGAUUCUGGGGAGCGGUUCGUCAUUGUGCGGCCGAGUCUGCUGGUGGACACGGACCGGCCAGAGAACGACGACAAGGUGCGCAUGGGCAUUGACGAUGCCAAGACGGCGGAGUAUGAGAAGAUGGAGGUUGGAUAUACCAUCUCGAGGGGCGCCGUGGGGCGGUUUAUCACCACGAGGGUGCUGGAGAAGGAUGGGAAGAGCUAUGAGGGCAAGGCUCUUGCUCUGACGUGGUGAUGGGGUUGUUUGGAAUAGAUACCUGUUUAGUUUUUGUUCAGUACGCUGCGGUCUAAUGUCGUUUAUAAUAAUAUCAAGACAGCUGAAUUAUGGGAACCUGGUCGUUAAGACGUUGUCAAGGGAUACAGGCCAACCCAACCCAAGCCAUUGUCAGUGAUCACGAUGUUGGCUACUCUGCGGCAAAGAUACAAAGACACAGCAUAGGUACGUGCCAAUGCUGGAUCGACAAA